UACAGUGUCCACUACAGUCUCAGUGCUCACGGCAUCAAAGAUACGAAUAUUUUAACGAUUUACAAAAGAUAAAUCACUGUAUGGCCAUCUGGGAUUUCGGUAUGGAGAUAAAGCGUUUGGACCCGGAUGCGCUGAUGCGUGACGUCAGACUUGACAAGCGGAUAUGGCGAAAAAGAGAUGUUGCGCAUGCGCAGUACAUAGACUUGUUGUCCGGACGAAUUUAGGAGACGGACUAGCGCGUGCGUACAUGUUUGUGGGAGGAGCCAGCAACAAAACACGAAAAUUAUUAAUGAAAUCAUUAUAUUAAAAAAAACCCUGAAAAAACGUCUAACUGCACAACCACAGACCACACCCUCUAAAGUUUCUGGAACAAGAUUCAAACUGAUUUUAUAUUUCAGGAAAAGACACUAAUAAGUUGUACAUGAUACUCCUGAAGUAGGUGCACAAAAGUUGUCAUGGAAAUCUUACCAUUCGAGGAGGUGGAGCGUGUUGCUGGAGCCAAAGUACAGCUGCAGCAAGGUGGUGUCACUGGUAUUCAACAGCAUGGCUAUUGCAACAUCAUCUCUACACCACUACAAGGUUUCUCAGAAGACUCCAGUGAUGAGGAUGACCACAUGGCACCACUGGCAUCUAAAAGUGAGGAAGGCUCUGUGUGCUGCGUUUGUGGUGAAAACAUCCCCUUACUGAAUAAACUGAUAGAGCACUUCAAGACGCACACAGCUGAGGUGUCUUGCCACCUGUGUUGGACAAAGUUUGGAAGUGUUAUGUCACUGGCAUUACACUUAAAAAAUUCCCAUCCAAGGAAAAGUUUCAUGUGUGGAAUCUGCAGAACUCUCUUUAGGUGCACGUGGCAUCUGAAUGGACAUAUGGAAAAGCAUCGGAAAGACGCAAUGGAGGUAAAACCUAUGGUUAAAAUGGAACAGACAGAAGAAAUCAGCAUCAAAGAGAGCAUAAGAUACACUGAUAUGAGAAAAAUAACCUUGAGGGAUCAUUCAUAUUGUGUCUCAGAUCACGCAGUUAUAAAUGACACUUACAAUGCCAUCCAGAAACGCAUCGACAAUGAUACAAACUCCACAAAUCAAGUGUCACACAUCAAAACACAAAUCGAAAGACUGCCUAUUAUUGAUAAACAAAAUGACACCUUGAGCUUUUCCUCAUGCCCUUCGAAUCAAUCAGAGCAAGAGCAUCUAAGCUUUAAGCUGAAGGAAGAGAAUGAGGAUGAGGAUGGGCUCGGAGAAACUGCAGCUUGUGAGGUGGUUACAGAAGAGGAAAUUGGACUGAUGGAGGAUGACGAAAGUACCGACACUGAUGAUGAUGUCAACGCCAUCCCCCCUAAUAUUAGGGAUGUAACGGGCUAUUACAACAUCAUCUCUACACCACUACAAGGUUUCUCAGAAGACUCCAGUGAUGAGGAUGACCACAUGGCACCACUGGCAUCUAAAAGUGAGGAAGGCUCUGUGUGCUGCGUUUGUGGAGAAAACAUCCCCUUACUGAAUAAACUGAUAGAGCACUUCAAGACGCACACAGCUGAGGUGUCUUGCCACCUGUGUUGGACAAAGUUUAGAAGUGUUAUGUUGCUGGCGUUACACUUAAAAAAUGCCCAUCCAAGGAAAAGUUUCAUGUGUGGAAUCUGCAGAACUCUCUUUAGGUGCACGUGGAAUCUGAAUGGACAUAUGGAAAAGCAUCGGAAAGACGCAAUGGAGGUAAAACCUAUGGUUAAAAUGGAACAGACAAAAGAAAUCAGCAUCAAAGAGAGCAUAAGAUACACUGAUAUGAGAAAAAUAACCUUGAGGGAUCAUUCAUAUUGUGUCUCAGAUCACGCAGUUAUAAAUGACACUUGCAAUGCCAUCCAGAAACGCAUCGACAAUGAUACAAACUCCACAAAUCAAGUGUCACACAUCAAAACACAAAUCGAAAGAUUGCCUAUUAUUGAUAAACAAAAUGACACCUUGAGCUUUUCCUCAUGCCCUUCGAAUCAAUCAGAGCAAGAGCAUCUAAGCUUUAAGCUGAAGGAAGAGAAUGAGGAUGAGGAUGGGCUCGGAGAAACUGCACCUUGUGAGGUGGCUGCAGAGGAGGAAAUUGGACUGAUGGAGGAUGACGAAAGUACCGACACUGAUGACGAUGUCAACACUGACUCACUACCCCCUGGUGACACGGCGUACAACCCCGAUGAGGACUUCAGCUCAGAACCUGAUGACAGUGACUCAAGAAGUAGCAUCUACGGUCGUCACCGAAAGAAAAAGAGACAAAAGAAACAGACUCCCGACAGUAAAAGACCUGCAAAUAGGAAUCUAGAGUCAGUUGACACAGCAGAGAAAUCUGGGUUUCAGUCCGAUUCUCCCUUUUGCAGCUAUGGCAAAUUUGCUCAUUUGGAGAAGGACAUGGAUGAUUGCAGGAACAAACUGAGGCUUGCUUGUUGUCUGUGCAACAUGGUAUGUAAGAAUGAAGAGUUGCUGCUGAAGCACACGACUGAAAAACACUCCGCAGCUGGGUAUAUCUGUGCAUACUGCCACAGUGUUUUUCCUAGACUGGACCGUUUCAAAAAUCAUGUCUGUUUGAGAAGACCAACAGUCGGAAUGAACUUGCCGGCCACCCUCGUAACCCAAUUACCUGUCGUGCCUUUAUCCGGUCAAGUAAGACCUUCUGCUCCUGCUUUAUACACCAAUCAAAACUCCAUUAAAUUGAUCAAAAUAGCUCAGACAGUGAAUAAAAUUUCCCUAGCCCCUGAUCCUCCACAUUUGACGCUGCAGCAAUUGCUUAAGACAACUCCUUUGGUUCCUGCUAAGACGACAGAUUUAGUUCCACAAUUUGUGGCUGUGCCGCAAACUCUUAUCAGGCCCCAUUUCCCUCAAAGUUCUUGUGUCGCUCGUCCAAAAGUUCCUAUCCUUAUACCUUCAGUAGUGCAUCCCUUGAUGCCAAAUCUGGCCAGGAUGACUCUUCGUAUCCCUUCCCCUUCCAAUCCACCUUUUCCAAGUCAAGUCGUUGUAUCCUUCUCACCCACAGUGAACGUCUCAGCACCCUGUCUAGUUUCAGCCAACAGGCCUGUUCUGAGACAAACACCUCUGGCUAAUAUUAGGCCCCUACCUGUAAACGUCCCGCUGAUGACCUCAGUCACUUGUCCCACCCUGGUCAGUGCUCUUACUGAACACAACCAGCCACAGAUCCCUCCUGCCAAGGUUCAGGCUCCAUUAAAAAUAGUGGCCAUGUUUGUGAACCAAAGCAGGGAUUUGGCUCUGCAGAAGGGACUCGAGCAGAGCUGGCGCUCCAAGACCAUCUUCCCCUGCCGCCACUGUGGUGCCGUCUCAAGACAACCGUCUCUGAAGGUGCGUCACCGCUACUUACACCGUGGGUCAAGGUUGUACAGAUGUCAGUGCGGAAGAUCGUUCCAAAGGCAGCUGCAUUUGCUGAGACACCAGGUCCAGCAUGCGGAGUCAGUCCGAUUUGUUUGUGCGCAGUGCGGAAAUACAUUCGAAGGGGCCCAUAAAUUGACCUGGCACAAACGAAAGCAUAGAAAUGGCAAACAGUGUGUGAAGAAGAAAUGCAAGGCGGCUUUUGACUGUAGCUGUGGACAGAUGUUUAAAAGGCCAUCUGCACUGUUGUGGCAUAUGCUUAAAAACUCGAAACUUUCAAAACCCACUCAAAAAAACUCACAAUCUGUCUCUGUUUGAAUUGUUUGUGUAAAUGAGACGCACAUAAGAUUGAAAACUCUCCUUUCAGUCAACUGCAAAUUGUGUUUUUCUUUGGCCCUAAUUGAUUUUUCUGUAUUAUUAUAUGGUCAACAGUAGUGAAUCUUUAAGUCCAAAUCCAUAAUAGCACAAAUAGUAACAUUUUAACCCUAGAGAUAAAUUUUGUAUCAGAAGAAAUGUGAUGUGAGCACUGGUAUAAUUUAUCUUUAUAAUUUAUAUAGAUAUAGAUUUUUUUUUCUCUGUCAUCAUAAGAUGGAUAUGACUACUGAAAGAACGCUUAGUGGGAGUAUUUAAAGCAAGCUCUCAUUUAUUAGUGACCAAAAGAACACACUUUAAAAAAAAAAAAAAAUAUGGAUU